CGGUUGCGAAAUCAAUUCCAUGAAUUCUUUCUAUAAAAAAACUGUUUACGAUUAAGCAAAUAACAAAUCCGCUAUAUAUUGUUAUUUUUUAUCAUCACAAGUCAGUUGCACUACAAAUCAAAUCGUGAAAAAGUUUUUGUUUACUAUUUUUGUUUACGAAAGUCAGAAACGUCAAACGAGCACGUGGUGUAAAUAUAACCUAACUUUUGGUGUCAUUCAGAUUUCAGACUACUGCUAGCAUUUUUUAACCGUUUGCUAUAAAUUAAUAAACGAUUGUCAGGAGUUUUUAUGAAAAUUAGACACAACUUCAAGUCUACUCAACGUGAUUGGGAGUUUAUUAAUAAUAAUACUAUUAAAGUUUGUGGUUUAAAGUUAAAUGUAAAUAAAUAGGUCAAAGACAACAAAAUCAUGAUUUCGGAGAUAUUGCCUUUUUGGUCAAAAUAUUGGCAUUAUAUUUUAAUCACGGUCGCCACUUACGUCUACGUGAUGUGGAAAAGUGGAAAAAUGAAAUCAGACUUACAGGAUUAUGAUAAUGAAAUGGAGAGGGAAAUACCAUCAGAGGAAGCAGAAAAAUGUGCAUCCAAUGAAGAAGAACCAGCUUUACCAAAAGAUUUACAGCACAUUCCCUAUAAAUAUCAACGACCUAGUGAAGCCGAAAUGCGAAAAAAAGCAAAUGAGUUUUUUGAAAUUGCUAAUGCAAGAAGGACAUUAAGAUUCUUCAGUUCUGACCCUGUACCGAAAGACGUAAUUCGUGAAAUCAUAAGAGCAGCUGGAACUGCUCCCAGUGGGGCGCACACAGAACCCUGGAUAUUUGUGGUCAUUUCUGACCCUGCAACCAAAACACAAAUACGAGAAAUUGUGGAAAAUGAGGAGGAAAUAAAUUACAGAAAACGAAUGGGUAAAAAGUGGACCAUUGAUUUGCAGCCUUUGAAAACUAAUUCGAUGAAACCAUACCUCACAACUGCUCCAUAUUUGAUAUUAGUUUUUAAGCAAACGUAUGGUAUCUUGCCAAAUGGAACGAGAAAAAUUCAUUAUUACAAUGAAAUGAGCGUUUCCAUAGCUUGCGGAAUUCUCAUCAGUGCUAUUCAGUAUGCUGGCCUCGUUACACUUACAUCAACUCCAUUGAACUGUGGCCCAGCCCUUCGUCUUCUGCUUGGUCGACCUAAUAACGAGAAGCUUGCAUUACUGCUUCCUGUAGGAUAUCCUGCUGAAGAUGCUACAGUUCCCGCCUUGGAACGAAAACCCUUAUCCGAUAUUCUCGUUGAAAUCGAUUAAACCCCGGAGAUUACAAAUCUCCUAGAUUUCUUACACAUUUAAGAUUAAUUAAAUGUCUCUGGACCUGAAACUUUCUAUUUUUUUAAUCUUUAUAUUUGAUAUCAAUUUUUAAUGAAUAAUAUUAAAGUGCCUUUUAGGAUGAGAGGGUGG